UGUCAAUUGUCAAAAUACGACAAAAUGAGCAGCUCCGAGGAAGUCUCCUGGGUCACCUGGUUCUGUGGACUUCGUGGCAAUGAGUUCUUCUGCGAGGUGGAUGAGGACUACAUACAGGAUAAAUUCAAUUUAACUGGUUUAAAUGAGCAGGUGCCCAACUAUCGGCAAGCAUUGGACAUGAUACUGGACUUGGAGCCGGAGGACGAGCUCGAGGACAAUCCCCUGCAGUCCGAUAUGACCGAGCAGGCCGCCGAGAUGCUCUACGGCCUCAUACACGCCAGAUAUAUACUAACAAAUCGCGGCAUCGCUCAAAUGAUCGAGAAAUAUCAAACUGGCGAUUUCGGACAUUGUCCACGUGUCUACUGUGAAAGUCAGCCCAUGCUGCCAUUGGGUCUGUCGGACAUCCCCGGCGAGGCAAUGGUGAAGACCUAUUGCCCCAAGUGCAUUGACGUGUACACACCAAAAUCGUCGCGCCACCACCACACCGAUGGCGCCUAUUUCGGCACUGGAUUUCCACACAUGCUCUUCAUGGUGCAUCCCGAAUAUCGUCCCAAGCGUCCUACUAAUCAGUUUGUUCCAAGGCUGUAUGGCUUUAAAAUACACAGCUUAGCUUAUCAAAUUCAGCUGCAGGCAGCAGCCAAUUUUAAAAUGCCACUACGAGCGAAAAACUAAUUAAAUAAAUCCACCAACAACAACAAAUACUACAACACAAACACAUACGCACGAACACAACAACAACAAAAAACAACAAACAAUCCAUUCAACUGCAUGUAAACCAAACAAAAACAAAAAUCGAAAUGUUAGUUUACAACGGGAAGACCGAUAGACAGCAACACACAACAACAACAACCACAACCACACUGAGAGACGGAGAGAGAGACAACUGUAUUGAGGUUUUUUAACGCUAGGAGCAAAGUUUCAUUUAUAUAAAUAUAAAAACUAAAAAACAACACAAAAAACAAAAACAAACUGCGUUUAUAUUUAAAAGAGAAGAAAAACAAAAUAAGAGAAAUUAAACAUUCAACAGAAGAAAUUGUAUAACAAAACGAAAUAUGUAGAUGAAAGGACACACAGACACGCGCCGAUUCAUUUAGAGCACACACUCGAAACAUGUGGAAACCUCAUGCGAUUUUGAUUUUUAUUUAAAUCACUGCAACUUCUUAUUAAUCUAAUCUUCAUGCAAACAUUCAGAAACAUGUAUUAAGUUAGCUUUUAGUAUUACCGCUGAGCAGGAAAUCCUUCGCAUUGAAGUUUAAGUUCAAGGACUAUACAAGCAUAACUCUCAAAUACACACACAUACACCCACACACACGCGCUUAUAUAUAUUAUUUGCUUUAGUCAAUUAACCAAUUACAUAUGUGUUUUUACCUGUUCGUUUCGUCACUUUUGAUGUAUGUAUGUUUUUGUGUGACAUUUUACAACACUGGCGGUGCAACACUUGACCAAAAACAAAAGAAGGAAAGAAAACAAACAAACAAAAGAGACUCGAAUUAGACAGAGAAAGGAGAGAGAGUGUGUGUGAGAGAGAGAGAGACAGAGAGAGUUAGAGGUAUAGCGAUAGGUAAGAAGAAAGUAAUUUAAAGUAGAGAAAACAACGAUAUAAGCAACAUAGUACUUCCAAAUAAUAAAGAACACAAAUAACGAUCAGCAUUUAUGUAAACGACAACGCAAAUAAAACCCUGUAUAAAUCCCAUAGAGCCGCCCAAACCCGCGAAGAUUCCCAAGAAAGUGGCAGGCAAGAUAAUUAAGGAAGAAGUUAACGAAACCCCAAAUCCCGAAAAAGAAGUAGCCGCAAAAUCAAUGAAACCAACAACAACAUCCGGUACAGUCAUUCCCAUCCAUACACCCACCCAACCACUGACUCGCACACACACAGACGCACAAUCACACAUAGAUACCGAAAUCAAACCCCCAUCCCCCACUUACCACCCACAAUCACAACAAAACACACAGAAUGAAAACAAAUGAAGAGAAGCCACCGCUUGGAAGAUAAGGAUGUGGAUCGAAGAAGAGGAAGAAGUAUGGCAUCUGGACACGAGCAUCGAACCGAACGCAUCAAACCCCAAAAAGCCCAAUCAGACACACACACACACACACAAUCAAACAAACAAAUACAUGCACACCCACACACACACACUCAUGAGCAUGCACGGACAAGCAGACAGCAGAAAGCAAAAGAAUGGCAAAAGGAUCCUUUUUUCAUGAUGUGCACACACUGUAAUCCAACCGAAUGUUGCGGCAAGUGUUGCCUUAUCGUUCCCAGAAGCAAUAACUAACUUGUGGCAGUGUUCAACAAUCAAUCAAAAACGCAAUAAGAAAAACGAAUGACAAAAUAAAUCGAAAAGUGAAGCCAGCAUUAAAAUUCA